CGCAUGUCAACCAUUCAUCGCGCGUGAAUCGCCUCCUUGAGGUUGUACGUGAAAGUUGAAACUCCUUGUUUUUGCUACUUUCGCGCUAUUGCAGGCCUUUUCCUCCUCCCACUUGUGAAAACCCGUCGUAUCCUCGUCGUUGAUCAUUUUCACUACUUGUAUCACUACAGUACAACGUGCCCAAUACGAAGCCCUCGCAUCUCUUCGCCAUCAUUGCCUCUACGCGACGAUCGGUUCGUCAUUCCCUGAGCAGCGGCCGUCACACUCUCCGCGUUCUAUUGCAAACCUCUUGAAGAAGACCUGACGGACCUCCAGCACCGAAUCUCUCCAUCCUUCCUUCCACGACUUCCUACCUUUUGCAGAUACCACGGAUCUCAUCAUAUCAAAAUGUCUUCAUCAUCGUCAAUAUUACAGCUACAGUCCCAGGUUGCCAGUGGCGCCCGACCCAUCCCGUUGAAGAAUCCUCAUUCAAGACCAAAUAGAAGCGACGACAGCAUCAGCACUAUUUCCUCCAACAGUUCUGCCUCGGCGUCCCCCAAGCCAUCCCUUGAUAUUGUCCGCUGUUCACGGUGCCAACGAUCCCUGAGUAUUGACACCUCACUUCCGAGAGAACACAGUGGAGCGGUCAGAUUUGGCCUCAAUUCCUACUAUUGCUCAAGAUGUGCCAAUGUCGUUGGCUUUGUCAAAUAGAUGCGUCUCUCUUUUCAUCAGAGAUGUAUUAUUGGCAAGCCAUCGGCGGAGGCGAAUGCACCUUCGGUCAAGAUCACAACCUUUAGAUCCUGGAAAGCUCGGACUUGACACACCAUUGCAUGGCUGCGUGGGCUGUUAGGCAAGAAUAGCACACAGCAUAAAGUACGAGCGGCCGGAGGACCCCCUCUUACGUUCUGGCUAUAUUACCCUUGGCCACGAUUCAGGAGCAAUGGACUUGGACGAUCGGCAUCCCGGUCUGCCACCGUCGUCUGUCACUACGCCCCGGGACCAUGGGACAGAGAUUGUGGGGACAAACGAGGACACCCAGCUGCGCAUCAACGCUGCGUACAAACGAGGGCCCAUUCAACGUCCAAGAAGUUGCAAGUGGAAGUGGUGUAACAUGGAGUGAUUUGAUCCGAUUGGCAACACAGCAGUAUAACAUGAUUACGACGAAAUGAUCCGAUGAUGGUGUGAUGUUUUAGUAUCGACCAAGUGAGAAGCAAUGCAGGCUCAUUGUACGCUGGCGUCCGGACAAGACUUGAAGAUUGUGAGCAACGUAUCUUGUGAGAACAGUUCUAUGUAUUUGUAUGUAAGAGAAAGGAUUCGAAGUACCCAAAUAGCACACGAAUAUCCAUAUUCUACAAAUCUUUGGAGACGAGGAAAGAACCUUACCAGUCUACG